AUGAAGAAGUCAAACAACAAUAUCGUUUUAUUGAUAUUGGACGGAUUGGAUGAGUUACCAUCCAGUAAAUUGUCGAUUUUUUUUAAAAUUAAUUGAAGGAAGAGUAGUCCCCAGAUGCCACAUAGUUGCAACAGCAAGACACAAAGCUGGAAAAGAAGUGAGAAAAUGCUGUGACACGCUGCUUCAGAUCGAAGGAUUCACUCAAAAGCAUGUGAAAGGAUUUGUCACCAAGUACUUUAAAGAAAGGCACGAUUUAGCUCAACUGCACUUGGAUAUGGUUGAAUGUGUCUUGAGAAGAUAUAGAAAAAUAAGGGACUAUCAGAAACGGAAGAAGACCUGA